AUGGAUUACAAGAAGAUCCUCCUUGAUUUGUCCAAGCGCGAGGAUCUCCGCAAUAGAGUCUGUUGUGAUUGUCAAAACCUGAAUCCGCAAUGGGCAUCCCUGAGUUUCGCUAUAUUUCUCUGUUUGCAAUGCGCUGGAACUCACAGAGGCUUUGGUGUCCACGUCAGCUUCGUAAGGUCGAUAUCAAUGGAUACGUGGCAAGAUGAACAAGUCAAGAGGAUGCAGAUCGGUGGAAAUGGACCAUUUAAGGACUUCAUGAAGUCUUAUACGCCCGUAGAAUGGGGUGGCUACAGCGACUCCCUCAGUUCGUAUGACAGGUAUCACUGUUGGGCAGCCACACAGUAUCGCGAAAAGUUGGAUGCAGAACUCGCCGGCAAACCCUGGUCGUCGUCACCACCUCCUGAUAAUUCCCAAACGAGUUCCGGCACACCUAGUCGUCCAUCUUCGGCCCAAGGCUUGCGAAAGUCCCGUGCAUCCACUCGUAAUAUGACGGGAAGCUCGCUUAGAAGCGACUCAUCUUCCCCAGCAUCUUUUGGAAACGCGUCACCCCGCGUCACACCCGAUUUUCCCUCUAACGACCAGAAGACUGCAAACGAGAACUAUUUUGCGUCGUUGGGUUCAGUCAAUGCCAGCCGACCCGCUGAAUUACCACCCUCACAGGGUGGACGUUAUCAAGGUUUCGGUAACACGCCGAUUCCUGAGGCCUCUCAUCAUGCUUCCUAUGGGCUCUCGUCGCGAGUGACACCAAGUCUCAGUGAAUUUCAAGAAAAUCCUCUGGGGGCUCUCAGUAAGGGAUGGUCUUUAUUUUCUUCCGCAGUUGUGGGCGCUAGUCGUACUGUGAAUGAAACUAUUAUCCAACCCGGAAUGGAGAGAGUGAAUGAUCCCGAUUUCCAAGCGAGUAUGAAGAGUUAUAUUUCGGAGGCCCAGAAACGUGCAACGGACGCAGGAUCAACUGCCAAUGAGUGGUCCAAACGCCAAUUCGGGGUGGACGUCGCUAGUAGUGUUGGUGGGGCUGUGGGAUCUGUGACUGGCGGCCCGAGGCGAGAUGGAUAUGACCACCUUGCGAUGGAACACGAAGCAGAAACCUCAGCACUCUAUAAUGCCGACGACGACGAUUUUUUCAAGGAUCUUGAUCAGCACCAAAGGAAGGAGCAGAAUGGACCUCAAUCAUUGUCGAUGGGAUCCUCGAGCUCGACACAGGCAGCAUCAAAACAGCCGGGGGCGAAGAGUGACUGGGAUGACGAUGAUUGGAAAGACUUUUAA